UAACAAACACCAACACAUGAUUGCAAUAAAAAUAUUCAGAAAAUUACAAAAGUGGAGGGCUAAUUUGACAUCGGUAUGACUGGUAUCUGUGCUUGUCACAGCAAAUUUUUUAAAUCCCGAUUUAUAUAAAUUAAAAUAUCUGGAGGUACUAAAAAUUAAAUCGGUAAAACAAGAUAAAUAUCAUUCAUAUUUGCAAUCGCCUGAAAAAAUGUCACAACAGCGUUCACUGGAAUAGGUAGGUACUAAAAAAAGAUUAGAAAUAUACGUUGAGUGAAGGACUACGAAUGAACUGUAUGCGAGAUCAAUUUAUUUGCUGUGGGUAGUAAAACUUGAUUUCGGACAUUGUAAGUACCAGUACACUUUUACAACGUUUCUUAAAUGUAUUGGACGCUCUAUAAUUUCCGCUUACAAUUUUGACAUAAACGUGGAGAUUAAUAAUUCAUGUCGCAAACGCUAAUUAUUAAUACAUUUUGAUAGACGCGUUAUCAUUUACGUAAGCGGCAUUGACAUUGGCCACGAUCGUGGGUCAUGAUUUCGUGUACACUACGCAUGUGAACUGUCCUUUCGUGAAAUACGACGGUCUCGAAUCCGCUCACGAACUGGUAGUGUUCUACGAGUCGUGUUACAUUUCAGUGUCAGUAGGUGCAAAGAGAAAUACAUAAAAUGGGUACGCGAAACAAUGCAGCCAUUUUGCGAAUGAGCGAUAAAGAGACAUUAAAAUUCUUAAAGUUGUGUAAGCAGGAGCGUGUCUUGUGGGACCCCACGUUUGAGGGAUACACAAAGCGCGAUGUUCGUAUAGAGGCAGCGAAGAGAAUCGCGGCGGCCAUGGGCUUACCGGAUUUCACUUCUUUUCAUGUUACUGCGAAGUUUAAAAAUUUGCGAAGCUCGUAUCUACAGGAGCAGAAGAAGAUUGAGAACAGUUUGUCCAGCGGGGACGAUGUUUAUACGCCGAAGGUCGUUUGGUUUGACACUAUGGAUUCUUUUUUGAGACCUCAUGUAAAACCACGAAUGACAAAUCAUUCUCAUCUGAAUUGGCAAAACGAAAGCAUGUCCCCUAGUUCAUCUUCCCAAAAUGUGAUUAUCCUAGACGAUCCCAAGUUAGACGAUUUCGUAAAACGAGAAGACGAAGAGCUCUCAUCUACACCACCGCCCUAUCUUGUACCGACGACACAUCGCAGUGAGGAAAUGCCGUCCGACGCCCUUAUUGAAGUAGAUUGUGGUGCGCCUAGGAAAAAGCAAAAGGUUGGCGAAUUGAAACAAACCGACCCUCUCGGCUGUGGUUGUGCAAACGUAGACAAAGGAUGUGAGAGGGCGUCUAACUACCCCGCUGUUCCCAAAGAGGACAGCUUCGACUUCUUCGGCAAAUACAUCGCGUCUACACUACGCGGAGUGCCGUUACAAACAGCGCUAGAGUUGCAACGUGAUAUGAUUUCAUUAAUAAUGAAUAAAUGUAAAUAAAGAAUGUAAUUCCUAAUUUUAUGAAUAAAUUUGCCUUAUUUUUAUAAAUUUUCAGGUGCACA